AUCCUGACAGGCUGCGUCGGCCUGGCCCCCGCGCAGCCGCAAAAGCGCCUUGCCAAGACGAUCCUGCGGUAGCUGAGAUGGGGUAUACCUGCAAGCUGCUUGUGGCAGUUGCCGAGGAUGAGGGGAGCGGCUGCGAGGCUAGACUGAUUGAUCUCAAGCCUGAUCAAGUAUUGCCUCCCGAUAUUCCGCCGCAGACGCGCGUCAAGGACGCGUGUCCAAAGACUUGCAAUGCAUGCGACGACCCCACAAGACUGCAACGACCAGCCAACCCUCCAGGUGCCACAUGCACUGACUUCGAGUUUGUGGAAGACUCCGGAUCCUCCUGCAAGCUGCUGCUGACGCUGGCGCAGUCUCAAGAUCUUGGAGGCUGCGAGGCGCCUCUCGCCUCUCUGCUAGAAGAAAGACACUGGCCUCAAGGCACUCCUGCUGACGUCGCUCUGAGAGACGCUUGCCCCCACACAUGCGACUUCUGUGAAGAGUCAGUGCUCAUGCGGCUCCGUUCUCCCGUAGAAGACGAUACCAGCUGCAUCGGCGGAUGCUGCGAUAACAAGAUGGUGGAACAGGAAACAGGCUACACCUGCCGACAGAUAAAAGACUUCCUUAACGGAGACUGUUCGGUUGAGCUCGAGUCUCUCUCGAGCACCCCACUGCCUGCAGAAGUUCCCAAAGGCGCUACGCUGCGAGAUGCCUGUCCAUACACGUGUGGAGCCUGCCCAGCGCAGCAAUGCGUAGACAACCCCUUGGUGAAGCAAAUGGGGUACUCCUGCGACAUGCUGAUUGCUGCAGCGGAGGGAAGGGGAGGCUGUGAAGCUCUGCUCACCUCGCUCAGCGGAGAGGUCUUGCCUGCAGGCGUUCCCCCCACCACUCGCGUGCGAGACGCCUGCCUCAAGUCUUGCAAUGCGUGCCCACCCCUUGUUGGGGGUUCUAGUGGAAUGCCUGGCACCACUGCUGCUUUUUCUGCAAGCGGCGGUGCCACUUCUGCAGCAGCAGACUGCUUCGAUGAUGGCCGUCUCCCGCAGUUGGGAUACUCCUGUGCGAUGCUCCUGGAUUUCGCGAGCAAGGGCUGUGAAACGACGCUCGGAGAGCUGCUGCCGCAGUCGCUCUCGCUGCCGCGCCACUUUCACCGCCACGACAUGAUCAAAGAUUUCUGCCCCAAGACGUGUGGACUCUGCGGAGCCUCCGAGGCGGGAGGAGGGAAAGACGCAGCAGCGUCGGGGAGACGUCGAGGCUGUCGAAACAACCCUAUGGUCGAACGGGCAGGCCUUAGUUGCGCGCUUCUCGUGAAAGCCUCGCCUCUCGGCUGUAACGCGAAAUUGGCUGAACUCAGCGACGAUCCGCUGCCAGCAGGAGUACCCCCGAGCACCACUGUGCGAGACGCGUGCAUGCUGGACUGCGGGGGAUGCAUCGACAUUCCUACCUGCUUUGACGGCUUCCAGAACGGGGACGAAGAAGGCAUCGACUGCGGAGGACGCUGUCGCGCUUGUGCGCCUUGUGAUCCAUCGUCUCUGAAGGCACUCGGAGAGAGGGGAGUCGUGCAGGAAGGGCGUGGAACUGCCCAUGGCGCAGUUCGCAGACUUUCCUGCCGUCCAGACUUGAUUCGCGUUGCUGGAAGAAACGGAGAAGAAGUUAUUUGCCAAGAUGGAGCUUUCAGCAAACCAAAACUCCGCUGCGAAGCCAGGACCGUCGCUGUUCACUACUUGAAGGCGCACAUCAAAAAUGCAGGGGAUCUACAGUACGGAGCUGUGCCUGCAAUUUUCGGAGCACUAUCCUCAGCACUGAGGAUAUAUCCUCCUGACGAGUUGCGUCUGCUGGCAAUAGGCCUUGAACGGCGUGCUGAAGGAUCUGAAGGUUCUCAAAGAUGCGAAGAUGAUCCCCGAGUAGCCGACAUGGGCUACAGUUGUGCAAUGAUGGAGGCCUUUUGCGAUUCUAAACUUCACGAUCUCGCGGCUGCGCAGAAGAAGGAGCUGCCGGAUUGGCUUCCAAAGGAAGCACGCGUCAGAGAUGCAUGCAGGAAAACAUGCGGGGCAUGCGAUACUCGACGGAGGCGGUUAGAGGCUGUCUCUGGAUCUGCCGUUUCCUCCUUGCCUCUCCUGAUCGACGCUGCGGUUCUCUGGACGCGAGCGGCAGUCCCCUUCUCGAGCACCCUCACGGAAGACUUUCCUGCACGCUUUCUCGCCGCUUUGAAGCAGCAGUUCAUUCAACGAGGCGUCACCUUAAUAGAUCCUGCCGAUAAGUCCCUUAUUUCAGCGGCAACGGCGCUCACGUCACGGCCUUUCCUCUUUGCUGUCGAGAGCGCAGAGCAGAGAAAGCUGCCUGCAGCGACAUGGGAAGCUGGCUUCGGCUCCUACUCCCCCGCUUCGCAUUCCAAGGCUGUCUUCGCGGCUGCUGGUUUGCCCCUGCCUUCCUCGCAGCCUCUGGAGCUUCAGCAUCUUCUCGCCAAGGACGGGAGAACGCGUGGACCACCCCUAUACGCCUCAGUCGAUUACUCCUUCGGGGAGGAAGACGCUUUGCGUCUUCCACUUCCCCCGUGGAUCGAUGCGCUGCAAGGGGCCUGCUUGGAUCCGCUCAGUCACAGAGGUGAUAGCAACAGCUGCUGCGGCAUUCAGGAGGAGCUUCAGGUACUUCUUGACGGCAGCUGCGGAUCUCUUUUGUAUGGGCGGAGACUGACUCAGGAAAGCGUUGCCUCCUUCUGCGAGAAGCCUGUAGAAGGCCGUUACUGCUGGUCCGCCUUUGUUGCUCGCUUGGACGCUCACAGGCAGCGCACAGGAGCUGCCUGCGAGCUUCUUCGCGCGGUAGAGGCUGUGACGGAGGCGUGGUGUUACAAGGAUCCCACCAGCACGAAUCCUGGCAAGUACUGCUUUGCGGCAGUGGAAGAGGCGCUUGAGGCUUCGGAUCUUCGAUCUCUAGGAGCCAAGUCGUCGACGCAGCUAGAUGAGCUGUGCGGCUAUCAGAGCUGUUUCAGAAGCAAUCUCCGAUACAUGGACAGCAUGACGCUGCUCCAAGCAGCCUGGCACGUGCUUCACACCCCACCGGAAGGCGAGCAAGAGGCGUCUCCGAAAGCGUCGUCGUCCUCACAUGCGGUCGCUCGGGGAGGAUCCACACGGGCCCUUCCUGCACCCCUCCUCGCGCGCAGGCUGCAUGCAGCGGAUCAUGCUCUCUCCUCGAUUCAACGACGCAGUGAAGGGCUCUACCACCACACACGCCGCUUGCAGGAAGCUCGCGACUACGCGAACCAGCAAUUGUGGGGAGCCGCAGACGCUGCAGCCCAUUUCAGCGGAUUGCAGCAAAACACCGACAAGAGUACCCGGUCGGUGACUGCAACGCACCAAGACGCCUCCCUUCGCCCCCUUUCCCCCACGCAUGCGUCUCCCGCGCCACGCAGGAGACUUGGCACGCUCUCCAGAUUCCAGGGACCUCUCACGGAGACUCUUGAGGAAAGCCUCAACCUGGUGUGCACCAAAGUGGAGGGAGAGUACUGCCAGCAGACGCUCGUCCUGCUGGCGCAAGAGAGCCCAAUACGCACCCCCUCGUUGCUGCUAGAGCCGUGUGCCAGUCGCUGUUUCGUUCCCCUCACGGGAGCUGUGGGGGCAAUCGUGGAAGCCUACGGAGAGCGACACAGGGACCCUUGGCAUGCCUUGCUAGGAGCAGUCAUGCGCGCCUACGGCCGCUUUUAUUGCGUCAAAAACGAACGAGGAGACGUCUGUGGGCGCCACUUCUUCGACAGAUACAAGGCUGCAAACCCCCACAAAGUCGCUGCCCAAGGACUAGAACUCCCCCUUCCAGAUUGCCAGUGCCCUCAUUCUUUUCUGCAAGACGGACAAUGCGACCCAGAGUGCUUCAAUGAGGCCUGCGGAUGGGAUGGGAAGGACUGUCUCCCUUCUUCAAUGUUUGCACAGCUCCAUGCCGCUGUCUCUUCCCUCGUGGAACCUACAUGCAGCCUUUACCACCCCGACUUUGAGUGCGGCUCCAAAUGCUUCAAACAGUACGAGACAGCAAGAGGCCUCGGGGGAAGCGGCUGCUGUCUCGGCAUGGGAUUGGAUAUUUUAGGGGCCGUAGCUGCAGCCGAAGCAGCACACCCCCUUGGAGAGGUCCCUUGGAAAGCUCGUCGAACAGUAGCCUUCGCAGAACAAGUGUGCGGGGCAGCUGCUGACAGAACCUGCAGUCUCGGGGAGCCACGGCCGCUGCUGCAUGUUGAGCUGCGCGUUGUCGGACUGAACUCCCACGUGACACUCACGGAUGCGGGUAAGAUCGACGAAAUCUUCCGAUCUCUUGGAGCCAGUCUCACACGGAGGCUUGGCUUGGUCGACAGAGACAUUGCAAGGCACUUUGCGCGGCUAGAUCCCGCUGGAAUCGCCAUCGAGUUCGUGCUCGACGCUGGAAGAAGCUAUGCGGCUAGAGUUGCCCAGCUGCUUCGCCAGCCGCCGCUCAUAAAGGAAAUAGAGGCCUCUGCUUUGCGCCAGCUGGGCCUUGUGUCUCUAGCCGCCUAUUUAGAUCCAACAAACGGCCUUUUGGGGGUAGAGUAUAUUCCGGAGUCUCUUCGCGAAGAGCAGAUCACCUCGCCUGCCGCAGGCCUUGGUCCCCCCCCUCCAAAGCGAGGUGAUGAGGGGUUGCAAGAGCUGCCGCUGCACAUACCUCCGGAGUCUUGCUCCGAAGACUCUCUGUUUGCUGCCCUAAAUCGGCGAUACGUCGCUUUGGGGAGGCCAAAACUGUCGGAGAGGGGGAGCGCAGAAGCGGUGAUGGUGACAUGUGGAGCUGGAUUCGCUCCUGUUCGAGGGGAAGCUCCUGGAUCGGAUCAGGCCGUCUGCGACGAUGGCAAAUGGAUCUUUGAGAACGGUCUCGACUGUCGACGCACUUGCGCAACUCGUCCCGAAGUCGCUCUGCAGCCUCAAGGGGCAUAUGCGUUUUCUCCCGCUUCUUGGGGUUUUCCAACUCAAAUGCCAGCUCGCUCGCUGCAGGCUUCUAGGGGGAUCGAAUCCUACGCCGACACACUGCCUGCUACGACAGGCAGCAGCCUCGCCCAGGAGUUUCCGCAUGCCACUGCCCUCUUCGUGCGGUGUGCAGACGGAUUCGCGGCGGGAAGGGGCCAAGAAGGGGCCUGGCUUGCAUGCAGGGAUGGCGAGUGGAAAUUGGAAAGGCCCUCCUUCAGCUGCCACAAGCUCUGUCCAGACUUUCAAGAGCUAGGUCAUGCGUACGUCGUCACGGGGGAAGGCUUGCAUCAAGGGAACGAACGCUACGUGUCGUGCAGCCGCGGUUUUUACCCGCAGAGGAAGACACAUCGCCUCGUCUGCUCGGAGGGAAGCUGGCCAGCUCUUCCCUUCACGUGUUCGCGAGCCAUGACUCCUGAUCUAAGAGAAGGCAUCGGAGGGUUCCAGAAAAUACUGCAGCAGAUGUUCAGUCGGGAAGGCAUCCUUGGAUUCAUCGCCUUCUCGAUUCUCGUCCUAGCAGCAGCCCUUAUCGUGAUGCUCUGCUGGCUAUUCCGCUGUCGGGGCCGUGCUCUUCGCCGACAAAGAGAGCGAGCCGAGGCUAUGAAAGCUCUCAAACUCUCUGGUAUCUCCAUGAGCGAACUUGCUGUCAUGGCGUGGGAGCAGCGCUCUGUGCCCACCGGUUCGUCCUGCUCCUCGCAUGCGGGGGACAAAAGCUACUUGUCUUCCCUUCGUCGUUCGCACAGGGAGCACAAAGGCAGAAAAAAGAACGCCAAAAGCGACUGCAACACAAGCAACUGCCAGGAAAUGGUAGACUUGAGCCGUCGUAUACCAGCAAGGCCUCCUGGAGAUGCUGUCGUCCCCCCUCCAAGCGAGGGAGGACGAACAGGACGCUGCAUGAGCCAAAAAGACACUGAUGAGUCAACCCCCGUUCCCCAGUGGCUUGCAGAGGAACGAGUAUUACCCGCCCAGGCCUUCAGAAGGGCACCAGAUCCCAGAUGCUAUUCUGCUGCCCCCUCCACAUUGAGCAGCUUGAACAGCACUCGGGGUUUCUCUAUGUCCAGCAGCUGCGGUACCACUACGGCUAAAAACCAGCUAGCAACCUCGAUCUCCGGAGCGUCGCACGGAGCCUCUCUGUUAGAACUCGACGCGGAAGUGGAGCUCUUGAACAGCAGGGACGAGGAAGCAGCGAUCGCAUCUCUUCAUGUGACCAACGCUACACGCAGCCCCCAUUCGAAUGAUCCAACAAGCAACAGAGACAAUUAG